ACAAACAUUUCACACGAAUUUCCGCCACCAUUAAUAAUGUAUAUAAUGUCCCGGGGCCCGAGGCCGUGGAUCUGCAUUAGUCUACUGACGCCCUGCAAUAGACGCCAGUAUCGUGCAUUUCUUCUAAUAAACUUCACAAAGCUGUGAAGUUACGUGCUAGGAAACGGUCGUUCCAGGAAAGUGAACGACAAGAAAGACGAACAUCCCAAGCUACACCAUGGACAAUGAAACGGACUCGGAUGUAUGCCGUAGUGAAAACGCAUGUGAAUUACUAAGUGAUGGUAAUGGCGUAAUAGAAAUAUCAUGUUCACCGCCAGAUGUAGCAGAGGAAACUCACAACGAGGCAACAAAAUACCCGGAUGUCCCGACAUUGCGUUACGGCGUCGGAGAUCACCCACCCAUUGUGUUAUCACUAAUUCUAGCUUUACAGAAUGUUGUGCUGUCCUUUGGGAUGAACGUUCUUAUUAGCGUCACAAUCGCAGACCUCGCCUGUGCAGAGAGGAACGAUCCAAUCAGAGCUAAGCUUUUCUGCACGUCGGUUUUCGUGGUAGGAUUGACCACGGUCGUCCAGAGUGCAAUCGGCAUCAGACUUCCAGUGUUGCAAGGCGUGUCCAGCUCUUUCUUGGUACCGUUGCUAUCCAUGAAGACGGCAGGCGUAUGGUCAUGUGACAACCCAGACGUCGUGGAUUUUGUGUCGGUGUCAACCAAUCAGACGGUGCUUCAGAAUGUUACUAUGGAUACAAAACAGGAAAUGGUUUACUACCGGGUAACGCAGCUUCAGGGAAGUUUGAUGGUUUCCGGUCUUGUAACGGAAGUGCUCCUUGGUGGAACUGGCCUUCUGGGAUACCUGGUCAAACUGAUGGGCCCGAUCACUGUUUGUGUGAUGAUCACCUCAAUUGGUUUGUCAUUGUACCCUAUCUCCAUAUUCUACAGUAGCGCAUGCCUUCCAGUGGCGAUGUGUGGUUCGGUCAUUAUGAUUUUGAGUAUCAUGUAUCUUUCUCGAAUCUAUGUCCCAAUACCAACAAUGUACUGCAACAGGAAGAUGGCUAUAAAUAUGCCAGAGCUCAACAAAAAAACAAAGCUGCCAGUUUUUCAGUUAUUUCCGAUCUUUAUCACAGUGGUGUUUACAUGGGGGCUGUGUUGGGCCCUGACCUUGACGGGGGUGUUUUCUGAUGACCCCAAUGACCCUGGAUAUCGUGCCCGGACAGACACCCAUGGAGACCUGAUAUCCCUGUCUCCGUGGUUCUUCUUCCCUUACCCAGGUCAGUUUGGUCCUCUCCGUUUUAACACGGCGGUUUUCAUUGGAUUUGUGAGCUCCUAUGUGUCCUCUAAUAUAGAAUCCAUUGGGGAUUACAUGGCGACCUCCAGGGCAACGGGGACCUUUCCACCACCUCGUCACGCAAUAAACAGGGGUAUACUAACAGAGGGCGUCCUGGGAAUGGUGGCAGGGGCCCUUGGGGCCGGGCACGCUACGACAUCAUACAGCAUCAACAUUGUUAUCAUUAAGCUUACAAGGGUUGCUAGUCGGAGUGUAAUAGUUUUGGCGGGCGUCCUUUGUAUGCUUUUUGGAGUCAUUGGCAAAUUGGGCGCAGUAAUGGCGUCACUUCCUGAUCCGGUUAUUGGGGGCGUGUCCAUAAUCACCUUUGGCUUGCUGGUAUCCGUAGGGUUGUCAUCGCUACAAAAAGUAAACUUGUCAUCAACCCGGAACCUUGCAGUACUGGGUACAUCGCUGUAUGCAGGCUUGGUCACUUCCGAAUGGCUGAAACUCAACAAAGACAGCAUCAAUACAGGUUAUGCCUCCUUGGACCAGGUGCUGAAGCUGAUCCUAGGGAAUCAGAUGUUUGUGGCGGGAAUUACCUCCGUCAUCCUCGAUAAUACUGUAAAAGGAACAAAGGAAGAGAGGGGAAUGGAUGACAUGUCAUCUUCCAACGCCGGAAGCGGAAGUAAGAUUGAUAAACACCAGUGUGUGUAUGAUGUUCCAGGAAUAUCCCAAUUACAAAGAAAAAUCCGGUUUCUUCGCCAUAUCCCAUUUCUCCAAACUUACAAACCAAAAUGAUGAAUAUAGCGACUUACAUUCCAAUAUUUGUCACGUUUUUUAUUCAAAAGAUAAAUUUAUCAGAGUGAUUGAGAGCCGAAUAGAAAAAUUUGAUAUCGGGAUACCCUUCUAUAAAACUAAAACAAUUGUAUAACUGAAGGUGAGAUUUUCAGUAUUAUUUCGCGCAAGGAAAAGGAUAUAUAAACAUCUGCUUCCGGUUUUAAUUCACAGUAUGUAAAAUUUGUUAUUCCAGAGAAUCAUUUCUUCCAUGUUUUUAUUAUUGAUAUUAAUAAAGAUAUUUAGUAGUUUCAGUUAAUUGUCGGUUAUAUGAAACUCGUCAGAAUUGACAAUAUAUUUAUAUAUGUAUCGUUUUAAGAUAAUAGGGAUGCAGUAGAUGAUGUACAUGGCGGCCAUGUACACAUGUACACUUUGUCAGAACCAUGGGACGUUAAUUCCUAAAAGGUUUCAGUUAAAUCGGCCCCUUAGAACUUGACUUUAAGUUUGAAAUAGUUGUUUUCAAAAUGG